CCUGGUGAAAGUUCUGUCAAACGUUUCCCUGAACUGGAGCUAUGCCAUUAUGAUUGGUCCAUUUUCUGCACGUGUCCUCAUGAUGGUUCUGGCUUUAAUUAGUACAGCCUGUAUUAGUAAUGUCAUCUUUUCUUUACAGGCUAUGCUAAUCUAUACCAUAAUCAGCAGUGCAAUGGAGGCUGAAUGGAAUGAUCAUCUUGUAUUUGCUAGAUCAUUGAUGCUAUCGUUGGUUUUCCGUGUGUGUUAUGAUUUCCACGCAGUUUUUCAUUAGGAUCUUCACACAUUGCACAACUGCAUACGUGUAAGCAGGUAACAUUGUUGCACUCGUUUCACCGAGCAUUUUGUAACGUCAGGACAAGCAGUGGAAAACAUUUUGAAAUCAUUGAUCUCAAUUGUCUCCACUGUAUUUUUUUUUUUUUAUGUAUUUGUACUUGACAUACAUUUUAUGUUUGUCAUUUCUGCUCAUCAAUAAUGCAGUUAUGGGAUCUUGUAGACCGUUGAAUGAAGUUAGUUACCAAUUUUGCCUCGAAUGUAUUUCUCCACUUUUCCGUUAGAUGCCAUUAUGGAUCAAAGCUCAAGAUCAGACGCUGCCAUCAUCCCAGCUACUUUUGACGGCUCUUACCAGGAAGUUGCCAUAUUGUCUGGCAAUGUCGGCGGGUGGAGUCCCCAUCACGCCAAUAGUAGCAAUAUUUCACAAGGGGCAAACUUCAGUGAAUCAGCAGAAAAUAGGACAUUAAUCCAGGAGGCAACCACCUUUGACCCGUUAGGAGGACAUACAGUCUUGCAGGUUAUAGUCAUCGUCUUCCUCACUGGGUCGCUUUCUCUUGUCACUGUUGUGGGGAACAUUUUAGUCCUGUUGUCCUUCAAGAUCAAUAAGGCGCUGAAGACCGUCAACAACUACUACUUGCUGAGCUUGGCCUUUGCUGACCUGACCAUCGGCACUUUAUCAAUGAACUUGUACACCACCUACAUCAUCAUGAAUCAGUGGGCACUGGGGCCGGUCAUUUGUGACUUGUGGCUUGCAAUUGACUAUGUGGCCAGUAAUGCUUCAGUCAUGAACCUCCUUGUCAUAAGCUUUGACAGGUAUUUCUCCGUGACCAGGCCUUUGACAUAUCGUGCAAAGCGCACAACGAAGCGGGCCAUGACCAUGAUUUGUUUAGCCUGGUCCGUCUCGUUUAUCCUUUGGGCCCCAGCCAUCCUGUUCUGGCAAUACAUCGUCGGCGAGCGGACGGUGCCAUCCAAUGAAUGCUUCAUCCAGUUUCUGUCUGAGCCCAUCAUCACCUUCUGCACUGCGAUCGCUGCCUUUUACUUGCCGGUUACCAUUAUGACCACCUUGUUUUGGAAGAUCUAUCAGGUCUCAGAGAAACGUGCUAAGGAGAUACAGGGUCUUAAGGGCUCCGGUGCUGGAAACAAAAAGCGGGUUGAGGGUGCCACCAAGAGCCAAAAGGACAAAUCGGACACACCGGCGAACGAUGAGCCGCCUUCGGACAACACCAAGGACGACUCGAGCAGCAAAGGGAAAUGUAGCGCUUUGCUUUUUCAUUUAUCCCGGAGGUUCCAAAGAGCUGAGACCCCCGCCGCCGCCGCCGCCGCCGCCGCAGCAGAACAGAGUUGCUGUGACAGUUUGAACAAUAAUGAUGUUUCAGAGGAGGAAGAGGAAGCCGACCAAACAAAGAACUCCACAGACGGAAAGAAGACGACAAGGGCAAAGGACGUGAAAUCGUCGGACGACGCGUCCCCUGAAAACAUCUCCAUGAAAGAUGUGAAGAAGUCCGGCUCAAAAGCGAAGACGGAGGUUAACAAACGCAAAAAUGAAAAAAAGACCAAUGACAAAAAAGCAGCACGGACACUCAGCGCUAUUCUGUUAGCUUUCAUUACAACUUGGUUACCGUACAACAUCAUGGUCUUGGUGAAUACUUUUUGCCAAGACUGUAUCCCGGGAACUCUUUGGGCGCUGGGUUACUGGUUGUGUUACGUGAACAGCACGGUUAACCCGAUGUGUUACGCCCUUUGUAACAAGACUUUUCGAACAACCUUCAGAGAUAUCUUACUGUGCCAGUGGAAUCAAAACAAAGCCAAGCCUCCAUUGAAUAAGAGGAAUGCUGCAGCUUGCCGGAAGAAAGAGCAAAUGUAGAGCAGAUGUACGACAUCUUGAUUUUGGGGGGACCUCCAGUCCAAAUUUGCCUCUGGGGGUCUCUCUCUUGAAAGAGGACACAGGAGACAAUAAAAAUCCUUGUCAGGUCAUUUUGCAUCGCUACUCGAAUGUCUUUUGACGAGCCAUAGUCAAUGGGAAUAUGGAAAUCAUUUAUUGACAAUAACCAUAUCUGCUUCAGGUGGUGUAAAUAUUUAGACAACUGCAAUCAGUUUUUGUCUUUUCAUUUAUUUUUUAUGGAAAAUAGACCCACAAAUGAGUGUUUUGUGUCUGCACAAUCUUUUGUGUCGUCUUUGUACGACAGUAUUGCAUGGAACGCACAACUUUUUUUAGUGUGUCAAAUAUGAGGUGAAUAAACAAAACC